AUGUCUUGUAACAUUGUAUCAACAUCUUCAAAAAGACUUGCUUGUUAUUUUCACGUAGAUGGGAAGUUUGUAGAAAAUGACGAUGGCGAAGUUAAAUACUGUGGUGGGACUGUCAGAGUAAGAGUAAUAAAUGAGGGUACAAAACUUGAAGAUUUGAGGGCAAUGAUAGGAGAAUGGUUCAGCAUGGAUUGUCAUGGCUGUGAUAUUGAAUACACUUCGAGUUUUGAUGAGAGGGUAUUGGUAGAUCUUAUAGAUGAUGGUGAAGUUGAUAAUCUAUUUGAAUAUAAUGAUCGUAAUGCACAUAUUUAUAUAGCACAUAAAGGUAGUGACAAUGUGGAGGAAGGAAUGGGUUAUCCAGAAACGAUCUCAAGAAUGGUAGGACUAUCAGAACAGAGUGAUGAGCCUACGUUAGAGGGAAAUGCUUUGGAAAGUACAAGUUCUGGAGGCAGUGAAAGACCUAAUGUAAGCCUGCCAUACGGAGUAGUGAGUGCACCUACACCUUUGCCGGAGAUGAAUUCUUUGAAAUGGAAGAAAUUGUUGUUAGGAUGGAACCAGACUUUUGCAAAUGCAAAAGAUUUCAAGAAGAAAGUACGUAAGUUCAAUAUUGCAAACAAGUUUGAGUACAAGUAUGUGAAAAAUUGUAGGGAAAAAAUGUAUGUGAAAUGUAGUGUUGAAGGUUGUCCGUGGAGGAUAAGUGCAAGAGUGGGUAGAAAGAGUACUCCCUUUUUACGUGUGGCAACAUUCAUAAAUGAGCAUGUUCAUAAUGCACAAGACAAUCUUCGUGUGGAACAUUGUGGUUCAGCUAGCUUGACAGCAUCAAUCAUCACUGAUGAGUUAAAUGAUCACAUAGACAGGCGUCCAAAUGAUAUAAGGAAGACUUUGGAAAGAGAUUAUGGUGUGAAGUUGACAUAUAAACAAGCAUAUAGGGCAAAGCAAAAAGCUUUAGAGGACAUACAUGGCAAGCUUGACCAGUCUUAUAUGCUUAUUCCAUGUAUAUGUGAACGGUUGAAGGAAACAGAUAACAAAACUGUGGCCAUAUGGGUAGGUAAUACUAAUAACACAUUUGAGCGUGCAUUCAUAGCAUAUGGGUGUUGUAUAGAAGGCUUUAUAGCUGGUGCUAGACAUGUACUGUACAUUGAUGGAUGUCAUUUAAGUGGACCGUAUAAGGGGCUGUUACUGUCGACCUCUGCUUAUGAUGCUGACAAUGAAUUGUUACCUUUUGUGAUUGCUAUUGUAAAGGGAGAGACACUUGAGGAUUGGACAUGGUUCUUAUACAUGAUUAAGGAGAUAGUUAGGUCGAUGGAAUUGACAAUUGUGUCAGAUCGACACAAUGCAAUAAUAGGUGCUGUGCAAGCAAUAUUUGGUGGUGAGAGGCAUGCAUACUGUUACAGACAUGUUAAGGAAAACUUCAGUGCACAAAUGAUUAAAUUAAAUAGAGGAAAGAGGAAGACUAGUGGGAAAGCAAGGGAGGAGGGAUUGUAA